GGGCAACGAACCCAGACGACGCCAUCCCAUCCCUAGCCGAGGAGGCGAAAGCGUUCUGCGCCGUUCUGACGGGGUGUCAAUCCUUUACUUCCAAGAGGUCGCAUUCAAUCCGCUCGAAAGGCUCCACCCUUUCAAAAUGAGCUCUUCCGUUUGUUACCGCUGCAACGAGAUGGGGCACUUCGCCCGGGAAUGCCCCCAGAACGGAGGAGGAGGUGGAGGAGGAGGUGGAUAUAGAGGAGGCUAUGGAGGAAGUAGAAGCUUUGGCAGAGGUGGCUCUCGCGAUGAUGAUGGCUAUGGGCGAGGCCGCGAGAAGUGCUACAAGUGCAACCGAUUCGGGCACUUUGCGCGAGAGUGCAAGGAGGAGCAAGAUCGUUGCUACAGAUGCAACGGUGUUGGUCACAUCUCUCGUGAUUGCGCCCAGAGUCCGAAUGAUCCAUCUUGCUACAACUGCAAUCGCACUGGGCACAUUGCCCGCGACUGCCCCGAGGGCUCGAUGAAGAAGUGCUUCUCGUGUGGAAAAACUGGCCACAUCAGCCGUGACUGCACUGGAAGUGACGACCGUGAUCGCCGUUGAAGACAACCCUUAGGGCAAUACACGUUGUAUGUUUCAACUUAAUGUCCUUAUACUCUAUUAGCAUCUGCAUCAUCUAAUGUUUUUUAUGUAGACGCUGUGUCAAUUUUUUUGUGGUGUUAUUUGACGGGAAGGAGUGUUAUUGGCGGGCGAGUUGGAUAAGCUGUUGGAAGAACUAUGCAUUUAUUUUUUCACAUUUCUUAUAAGUUAUGUUAUAUUUGGGAGACAUAAGGGCUUAAAUAGCUGAGUGGCGGCUUGUUAGAUUUGUUUCGUUUUUAAAACUUCAUUGUGAUAGUGCUGAGAGUGAGAAGGGGAAAAUAAAGGUUUUUCUGACUGCAUAGGAUUGCAGCAUCUUCCCAGUGUAAUGCUGAAAGACGAAGGUCAACAUGCAAUAGACUGAUUAACCAAAUUGCUGUUUCUGCUCCUUGUCACUGUGACUCCUUCCAACUGUUUUGGAGUGGCCAGAUUAUUUCUUUUAUAAUUUUUCUAGCUUCAAAUUUUGUAAAUUUUAUCUUCUUUUUUUUAAUGAAUGAAAAUAAAAUUUUUGAACUGUUAUUACCAUACAUCUUGUUGGACAAGAAUGUUUGGCUUUGUCUGUGCGGGUAUGGGUGCGAUGAUGGAACUUUAUUAAAGCUUUAUUUAAAAGGCUGAUAUUAAAAGCCUCUGUAGAUGAGGAAUAAAGAUGAUGAAAACAUUAAA